GGCUACCCAUAUGGAUCAUAUGGACUGUUCGCGUAACCUCCUUCGACUUUCGUUCUCGAAUUUUGCCGGUAACAUAGUUCACAUGCGAUAAAUAAUAAAUUUAAAUUAUUAGAAUAUAUUUCGUAAAUCCAAACAAUUGGCAAGUAUUUAAAUACACGAAUUGAAGGAGAUCAAAUGUCAUGAUCUUCUGAUAUCGAAAUGUUGAUUGCACGUCGUGAAAUUCAGAGUUUCGUGGCUAACUUCACGAGGUAACUUCCUUCAGUUUGUUUCCCGCGAAUUGUUUCAGGUGACUUCUUGUCGGAAUAUAUUAUCCUGAUACUUGGACAAUUUUUUCAAGAGCAAAAGACUCGUGGAUCCCGUCAGUGAAUAGCAGUAGACAGAUAAAUGUAACGAGUCGAUGAAAUUAAUCGAUGAAUAGAACUGUUGCUAUAGAUCUGUAUAUAUGAUAGUAAAUAAUUAAGGAUGUAAUAAUGGCUACGGAUGCUGUAUAUAAUUACAUGAAGGCAGAAAAUAAACCUCACAACUUGAAUGAUAUACUUGCAAAUGUAGAUAACAAGUAUGGCAAAACUGUAAUUCAAAAAGCUGUUGAUAAACUGGUGGCAGAUAAUAAGCUGUUUGAAAAAAUUUAUAGCAAACAGAAAAUCUACUGCGUUGUUCAAGAUUCAACAUGUAACACCGAUGAGUCAUUAAGGAUUGAGAAAGAAGCACAAUGUCGUGAGAAAGAGAACAGAUAUAAAGAGAUUUUAAAAGAGACAAAAGAACUGGAAGGUAUUUUGUCUUCUCUGAAGUCAAGUUUGACAUUAGAAGAUGCACAAAAAGAAAAGGUUACUUUACAGCAAGAUAUAAAACAGUUAACACGUAAACUAGAUGAAUUGAUGGAAAGCAGCAAUACUGUAGACUUACACGAUCACUCAGUAUCUAAACGAAAGGCACAAGACACUCUGGACGAAAACACACGUACAUAUUUGAAAAGAAAAAAGAUAGUCACUGAGAUACUAGAUUGCAUUUUGGAUAAUUAUCCUGGUAGCAAAGAUAAACUGUAUGAUGAAAUAGGCAUAGAUUCAACAACUUAAUAAGUCAAAGACAAGAGUUAUUAAUUUCUACAGUUAAUAUUUUGUAUUAAUCAUUUUUCUAUAUUUUAUUACAUUUUCUUAUAUAAGACAUAAUAGAUAAUGCAUGGAAACUAUUACAAGAGUAUUUUUAUGUUAAAAAGUUAAAAAUUUUUUGAAGUGCCAAGUCAAAUGUUAAGUACUUAUUCUUUUUCAUGUGUUUAAACAUUUGAAAAAGUGAAUAUUAUUUAUUUAUGUUAGAG